UCUGGCGCGGACGGACGAAUAGGACGGAUGGUGUUCCCCGCUGGGGAACGCAGAGGUUGGAAAAGCUCUCUUUGUUUUGUGCGUCGAAAUAUCGUCGAAAUCCGCGUCGGUGGGACGCGUGAUCGUCGAAAGAGCGUGGAAAGGGGUGGGUUUACCACCGCCCAACGCGUUUCCACCACCAACGCCGCCGACCCAGUCCCCGUCUCCGAUAUAAAGUGGUCGCGUGCUUGCAAGCUCAGUCACUCUGCCGCCGAAGCACCGAUCCUCGCCGCUGCUCGACAUAAUCAACCAGCCCCUCGCCAACCGUCGCCAACUACUCCUCGGAUCGCAUCUCGAAUAUCCGCAAGCUCCUUCCACGAGAUUACAGGAUACGGAGGAUACACAUCAUGUCGUCGCUGCGAGUUGCUGUAUUCAUUGCCGUGGUGCUGGUGGUGUUGAUCGACUGGUCGAUCGCCCUUCCAACCGCUGACAAGGAGAGGCUCUUGAACGAGCUGGUGGACGACGAUGGAAGCAUCGAGACUGCUCUCAUCAAUUACCUGUUCACGAAGCAAAUCGUGAAACGGCUACGGAACCAGUUGGACAUCGGGGACCUGCAGCGGAAACGCAGCUACUGGAAACAGUGCGCCUUCAACGCCGUCUCCUGCUUCGGCAAAUAAAAAUUCAGCCAGCCAGCCCGACGACCGCUCUCUUCUUCCGCUUACUUCUUUCUUUUCACCUAUCUAUCUUUCUUUUUUUCUCGCGUGUGUCCGUGUUAAUCUCUUCCAUGUCCAGUGUUUAGCUUCUAAAUAGCUUCUCGAGUCGUAGCUCGAGCAAAAACACCGUGGCUCCGUCUGCGAAACGGUUUGCACCCGCCGAUGAGUGUUUUCGAAAAAAAAAAAAAAAAGAAUCGUUGGCGACCACGUCGAAAUUCCGAUCUUGAACUGAAGAAGCGAACCGUUCGUCUCUUCCAGCAGGCUGGAAACGUACGGAUCAUCGAGUCGUUCGAAUUUCACUUGGAAGAAUGCGGCGGAUGCAAGUCGCCACGGAGAACCACAAGCAAAACACGCUGCAUUCGAUACUGACACAUUCGCGACGGGCGAAAACGUUUAUAAUUUCCAAGUCUGUAGCUGAGUACGGCAAGCAGCUCUGCUAUCUGUGAGGUAUGCGAUAUAUAAGAAAUAUUACAUCUCAGUAUGACACUUGUAGUCGUUUAAAAAAUUAAACAUUACAAAUACGUGUAGAAAAGAUAUUUUCUUUCAAUAAAAUGAAUAUGACGUAUUUACAGGUGCACGAUACUUAUCUUAACCUCUUGCGCUGGAAUGACGCACGUCGAGAAUCUUUUGUCUCAAAAUUGCAACAUUUUCUCAG